AGAAAAUUGUUCUAUUUGUCGGUCUGACAUUUCAAAAGUCAAAGUUUUUGCAAGACAUAAACAUUUAAUUAUGAAUUCAAAAAUAGAAGAUUUUAAGCUAUCGACAGAAGUAACAGGACAUACAUUGGAUGUUCGAAGUGUAGCUUAUGCUAAUAAUUGCAUUGUAUCUGGAUCUCGUGAUAAAACAGUCCGGAUUUUUGAGAAAUUAUCAGACGGAAAGUCAUUCAAGCAAACUGAAUUGCUGACAACUCAUACUAAUUAUGUUUCAUCAGUUUGCAUAAUAAAUAAUGGUAAUUGGAUAUGCACUGGAUCCAACGAUAAAACAAUUUGUUUGUUUAAUUUUGGUAUCGUUCAGCCUUUUGCCGUCUUAAAAUCCCAUACCGAAACUGUUUGCUGCUUAUCUCAAGGAAAUGAACCGAAGACUCUAUUAAGUGGCAGUUGGGAUAAAACCGCAAGAAUUUGGAGUAAUUUAGAUAUCGAUAGUUCAUCAAUUGAACUUACAGGACACGAAGCAACAGUUUGGGGUGUCUGUUCAUUGAAAAACGGAAAAUAUGCUACUGGAAGUGCUGAUAAAAACAUCUUUAUUUGGAAUAAUCGAGGAGAAAAAUUGGUAGUUUUGAAAGGACACACCGAUUGUGUAAGAGCUUUAGUUGGUCUCGAAGAUGGAUCUCUUUUAAGUGCUUCUAAUGAUGCUACAAUACGUCAUUGGAGUGAUACAUACGAUUGUAUUCGAGAAUAUCAUGGUCAUUCCAACUACAUUUAUUCUAUUGCUUUAAAUCCUGCUCUUGGUGAUUUAUUCGUAACUGGAAGUGAAGAUAAUACUAUUAGACUUUGGAGUGUUAAAGAAGGUGCAUUAGGAGAAUCGUUAAGCCUUCCUGUACAAUCUGUUUGGAGUGUAGCAUGUAUGGAUAAUGGAGAUAUUAUAAGUGGAUCGAGUGACGGAAUCAUUCGAGUUUUUUCAAAAGAUCCAUCUCGAGUUGCUUCUGACGAUGUUUUAUCUGCAUACGAUACGUCAGUAUCAACAAGAAAAUUGGAACAAAGUAAAGAAUUAGGUGGAGUGAAAGUUAACGAUUUACCAGGACCAGAAUCAUUGUUAAAGGAAGGAACUGAGGGUCAAACUAAAAUUGUUCGACAUUCAAACGGAAAAAUUAUGUGUUAUGAGUGGAAAAAUGGGAAAUGGGAAGUUAUUGGUGACGUUGUUGGAGCUCCAGAACAAUCAAAGACCUUGUAUGAAGGCAAAGAAUAUGAUUUUGUGUUUAAUGUUGAUAUUGAAGAUGGACAGCCACCUAUAAAAUUACCAUUCAAUUCUAUUGAUGAUCCAUGGCUUGCAGCACAAAACUUUAUUCAUAAACAUGAUUUACCUCAAGUUUAUCUUGAUCAAGUUGCAAAUUUCAUAAUUAAAAAUGCAAAACUAACAUCAGCACCUUCGACUUCAAAUCCUGAUUUUGAGGAUCCAUUUACAGGCGGUGGACGAUAUGUUCCAAGUUUUGAUUCCAAUCAAACAGCACCGACUUCAAAUGUUAACGUAAAUUUUCGGGAACAAAGUAAUGGAUCAUCUGGCUUAGUUAAUUCAGAUCCAUUCACUGGAGGUUCCAGUUAUUCAUCAGGAAAGAAAGAAUUUAUAGUCCAAAAGCAUAUUCCAUUUAAUAUUUUUACAACAUUUGAAGCAUUUGAUGCAUCCAAAAUCCUUGCAAAAAUUAAAGAAUUCAACAAUGAAAUUAGUGAUGACGGAAUUAAAGCGACUGAAGAGGAACUUGAAAAUGUUGUCCAAUUAAUGUCGCUGAAAAAUAUAAAUGAUCAAUCUAUAUCUACACUUAACAAAUUGAUGAAAUGGCCAAAGGAAAAGCUAUUUCCUGUUUUGGAUAUUAUCCGUUUAGCAGUUAGAAAUGCAGAAAUUUGUGAUCUUCUUGGUGGAAACAAGUUGAUGGAUUAUUUGACUCAAUAUUUGAACACAACUCCAGCGAAUCAAUUGAUGUCAAUAAGAGCUUUAAACAAUAUGAUGCUUCAUGAUUUAGGCAAAAAUCUUGUCAAUUGUAAAGUAAAUGACGUCUGCAACAUGAUCUCUUCAACUUCUCAAGGAAAUGCUAAUCUACAAAAUGCUAUUGCAACAUUUUUUCUGAACGAAUCGAUUAUUCAAAAAGAUAUGAAGUCGGAUGAUAUUUGUGUAAUUCUAUCAAUUGGCGCAUUAAGAGCUUUUGAAUGGAUUACAGAUCCUGAAGCGACAUUUAGAGGAUAUCAGGCAUUAGGAAAUCUAAUUACUUACAAUUCGCAAGCAGUAUUAUCAAUUUUAAAGUCUGCUGAUACAUUGAAGGCUUCGCUUGAACGAAAUCAACAUGCUCAGAUCCAAAAGCUCUCGGAAAUAUCUUUGGAACUGACUGAAAAAUUAAUUUAAUAAUGUUAACAUGACUUGUGUCGCUCCUUCUUCUUUUUUAUGAUAUUUUCACAGGAUUAUUAAUAAACAUGUUCAAGUCGAUGUGGCUCUAAAUCCGAACAUACAAUGAGUAUACUCAGAGCACAUUAUUUGUGAGCUUGCAAACUUUUGUGAGAAUGUGCUCAUUUCAUACAUUAAAGUGAUGCGAUCACGGUACCUUUUUGAGUAUGCUCAGUGAGCACAUUUCCAAGUGACAUGCAUUAAGCUCACUGAGUAAACUCAUGAGCA